AUGGAAACAUAUGCGAUGCAACAGCAGCCGUACCCCUUUCAACAAGCCACAGAAUUAAUGUACUCGCCGAUCUACCCACAAAUAACUCCAAACCAAUCAAUCAAUCCAUAUUACCAAACAGAAGUUGUGUCCAACAAACCCGUCGUUGUUUUACCACACAUCAACCCUGAUGUUGUUGGGCCAGAAAAGCAAACGCAACACACAGACAUGAUUGCUGUGUUGCUUUACAUUUUCGGAUUUUUCUGCUUUGGUCUGUGGAUCCUUUGCUUUUUACUCUUUUACAAAAGCAGUUCUAAGCGCGCCAGAUUAUUUGCAAGACUCUCAUUCACAACUCUCUUUGUGAUUUCUCUUAUUCUUGUUUGUGUUGUUUGCUUCCUCAUUACUUUCAUGUGA